AUGGCCAAGAAACAAAAGGCUCGUAUGCUGAUCAAGCUUCUUUCCUCGGCUGGAACUGGAUCCUUUUAUGUAAAAUCAAGACCACGCACGGCUCCAAAGCUUGCUUUUCUCAAAUACGAUCCAAAGAUUCAGAGACGUGUCUUAUUUGAAGAGACUAAAAUGAAAUAA